UGAAGAGGUAUAGUCUCAAGCUUCCAUUAGAAAAAUAGAUACAGCAUUGCCGUGGAAGUUAGGAGAUAUGGGUUCUGGCACAGGAUGCACUGGAAACGCCUUGGACAAGCCCUACCCUACUCUGGCCGUCAAUGUGCCCAUUAGAUAGUAUCUUUGAGGUCUGGAAGCUUACGAGAAUCAGUGCAAGAGAUAUGUACCAGGAAAGCUGGAUAUAACGGCACUUGUCUUUUCCGCUCUAGCCUAAACACCUGAGGCUCGGCGGAGGCGGCGGGAAUCAGGGACUACACCCCGAGAACCCAGUACCCGGGUCCCCGACUUCCCCGAGCCUACGUCACUGGGGCGCGACGGCGUUGUCCUCGGGACUGCAGCGGCUGAGAAAUGCCAUUCGGUGAAAGCGAGUUCCGGGCCAACAGAGGGUCACACCGUUUCCGAGUCUCUCGAAGGCUCAAUUCUCAGUGCACCAUUGCCCACCGCUCACCCUUUCACUUCACCCCUAUCCGACUCUUGCCCCGGACCCUGUGAACCCAGCCCGGAGCGUCCAAAGCCGACUCUCAUCGCGGCUGCGCAGGGCACGUGCACAACCUCGCAGAAGUCUCGGCGAUUGGAUGUGACGCGAUUUCCGGCGUGAGCGGCGAAAGCCGGGAGAGCGAGCGAGAGUGCGACCAGGCAGCAGGCUGCCGGCGGGCGGGCGGACGGCACGGAGGGAGGGAACGAGCGAGCAGUGAGUGAGCCAGCGAGGGCGGCCGGGUCCCGAGGUCAGCCGAGAUUCCGCAGGUACCUCUUGCCCCCUCCCCGGAGUCCACAGCGCCUCCGGUGUCCAGCGGAUCGGACACGGCCCGGCCCGGCCAUGGCCUCGUUGCUGAAGGUGGAUCAGGAAGUGAAGCUCAAGGUUGAUUCUUUCAGGGAGCGGAUCACAAGUGAGGCAGAAGACUUGGUGGCAAAUUUUUUCCCAAAGAAGUUAUUAGAACUUGAUAGUUUUCUGAAGGAACCAAUCUUAAACAUCCAUGACCUAACUCAGAUUCACUCUGACAUGAAUCUCCCAGUCCCUGACCCCAUUCUUCUCACCAAUAGCCAUGAUGGACUGGAUGGUCCCACUUAUAAGAAGCGAAGGUUGGAUGAGUGUGAAGAAGCCUUCCAAGGAACCAAGGUGUUUGUCAUGCCCAAUGGGAUGCUGAAAAGCAACCAGCAGCUGGUGGACAUUAUUGAGAAAGUGAAACCUGAGAUCCGGCUGCUGAUUGAAAAAUGUAACACGGUCAAAAUGUGGGUACAGCUCCUGAUUCCCAGGAUAGAAGAUGGAAACAACUUUGGGGUGUCCAUUCAGGAGGAAACAGUUGCAGAACUAAGAACUGUUGAGAGUGAAGCUGCAUCUUAUCUGGACCAGAUUUCUAGAUAUUAUAUUACAAGAGCCAAAUUGGUUUCUAAAAUAGCUAAAUAUCCCCAUGUGGAGGACUAUCGCCGCACCGUGACAGAGAUCGAUGAGAAAGAAUAUAUCAGCCUUAGGCUCAUCAUAUCAGAGCUGAGGAAUCAAUAUGUCACUCUACAUGACAUGAUCCUGAAAAAUAUCGAGAAGAUCAAACGGCCCCGGAGCAGCAAUGCAGAGACUCUGUACUGAGGCCAGGGCCAGGGCCAGGGGACUUUGUGAGUCUGGCUCAAGACCGACAUUGCCUUGGUUUGUUACAUGACUAUCGUGAUGGGGAAGCUGGCUGGAAAUAGUAAUCACACCUCUCUGUUUUUAGUUAGAGUCUAAUGAAGCUCUCAUCUAGUUCUGUGAUGUGUUUACCUCUUUUUUCAGGCCUCAGGAACUCUUCUAUUUCCUUCCCUAAUACCCCACACCCAACCUGUCCUAAUUUCUGGAGAACUCCAGGUUUGUGUGUGCAGGAUGUUGGCACAAAAAUACUUGUGUUUCCACUCUCCUCUCCCUCCUGUGUCUUGGGCUUUAUGUUUUCUUCCUUUUGAUGAUUAGUUGGUUAAAAGCUGAGGGAAUUGGAGGAAAAGUGCCAGGUGUUUUUGAGGAACUGGGGUGGCGGCAGGGGGGACCAACUCUUCCUCACAUGAGGUUACUGUCUUUCCUCUAUGGGCAUUGGAUCCUCCCAAGUUGCCCUGGUGAUGACUUAGGGCUUCACAUCUGUGUACAUCCCACCUUGAAUCUUGAUCAUGACGAGAAACACCUUAGGCCUUCAGUCAAUUCCCAAGCUCCUUCAGAUGUUUUUAUAAUGGGGGUUUUCACAUGCACAUAUGUGUAUGCAUGUAUACACCCAUACAGACAUGCACACACACCCUCCUACUCCAUUGCCUAACAUACCCUCUCUUUCCAUGAUCCCUGUCACAUACCUUUCAGGAGGUGAUGGUUGUCUUAGUUGUCGUCUACCCAGACAAACAUCUUGGGCCUGUCCUCCCUCCUGAUACUGUAGCCUGUUGGUACCCAGGGUGAGUUGGUGGAGAACAGAGAUGAGAAGCAGAGGACUAGGAGAAGGCCUGUCCCUCUCUGACUCAGCCCUUUUUGUCAUUAUUGCAAAAGCUGGUCCUCUUGACUCCUGGUUGCCUUUUCCCACGCAGUUGUCAGUUGUGGUGAAGGUGUCUGCAAGUGUGAGGUCCAGAUGCUGCUGCUCAUGUUGGGCUUUCCUUUCAGGAAAUACUCUCUUAUAUAUGUAGUGUUGGGCCUCCAUGGAAAGCAGUCAUUGAUGUGUAUGUGUGUGUGCACACACACAUGCAUAUACAUGUUUGUGUAUGUGGAAAUGCGCUAGGCAAGUGAAAACUAUAGAAGAGUUGCCUCCUGUCUCUUGAAUCUUCCAGAGAUACCACUUAACUGUUAACAGCUUUUGUGUUAAUCCCCAUCAGGCCCCAGCUCUUUUAUUCCACCACUGCUGGAGAGUUGAUAUCUGCAGUCAGCCUGCCCGUGACUCUCAGUGUCUGUUUCUGACUUUUAUUCUUCCUGUCUCUGUCUUCCAACCCCCAAUAAUAUUUCCACCUGGCUUUUUUUACUCCCAAUAUUCUGUAGAGAAGGAGUCAGGGUGCUGUCUUCCCACGAAUAGUACUCAGUAACAAACCAAUUGCAUUUUAGUUGGGCAGUGCCCCCGCCCACCCUCCAGAUCCCUUCCAGCUGAAACCCUUCCCUCCUCCCACCAUGUGUUCCUCAGUUUCCCUUUCUGUUUGUUGGAUUGUUCCGCUGCUGCCCCUCCUCACCCUACCACCCUUGGAUCGUAAUGUAAAAUUCUUUUACCAUGUCAAGAAAUUAUUAAAAAUACAGGUACUUUGACCUCUUUCUAAAGCUGCAGACCCUGGUGCAGUGCUCCGGUGGCUCAGGACGUACUCAUGCUCACGUGUGCACGUUUGGACACCCACCUCCAUGGACACCUAGCCAUCCUGUCGUGUGUCCUGAUGCCAGUCAAGCCGAAUCUUUUCCCCAGUAUAGUGGAAAGACUCAGGCUUCUGCCUACCAAGCAAGGGUUGGUCCUUCAUUUGUGUUCAGUCUGAAUUACUGGAAAGUUAGUUCUUCCCAGACCUAAGCUGCCUUCUCUCCCUACUUUCAGAUCCUUGUUCCUUCCUUCCCCGGUGAUACCCAUGAACUGCCAGUAGAGGCUGCUAUAGUUCCGUGUGUAGGGAAUGAACUGGUUCAAGGCAUGUCCUACCCAGUCAUUUUCUUUACCUUAUAUGAAUCCUCCCUGAAUAAUGUCUUAAGUUUCUUGAGGAGACUCCUAGUUUUGCUUUUCACAUUACUUGGAGGGCUGCCUAGGAAUCUGUCUCCCUCUGAAAUAAAGUUUCCUCAACUUCCACCUUG